AUGAGGGACUACAAGCUGGUUGUUUUGGGAGCUGGUGGUGUAGGUAAAUCAUGUCUAACAGUGCAGUUUGUGCAAGGAGUAUACCUGGAUGCCUAUGAUCCCACAAUUGAAGACUCAUAUCGUAAGUCGAUGGAGAUCGACAAAAAGGUUUUCGAUCUCGAAAUUUUAGACACAGCUGGGGUGGCCCAAUUCACAGCAAUGCGAGAACUGUACAUCAAGUCGGGACUUGGGUUUUUAUUGGUUUACUCGGUAACAGACCGGCAAUCACUGGAGGAAUUGAUAGACCUACGAGAACAGGUUUUGCGUAUAAAGGAUUCAACGAAAGUACCAAUGGUUUUGGUGGGCAACAAAGCGGAUCUCGAAGGUGAAAGGGUAAUCUCGGUGGAAGAAGGGGUGGAAAUGAGCAGUAAGUGGGGGAAAGUGCCGUUUUACGAGACAAGUGCGCUACUAAGGAGCAACGUAGACGAAGUGUUCGUCGACGUGGUCAGACAAAUCAUCCGAAAUGAGAUGGAGGUGCAAACUAACGCAGGUCCCGGCUCCGCAGGUCGUAUGUCGCGCCGCGAAACAGGCCUCACAUCGGGUUCGGGACCUAACAGCCCUCUCGGGCUGCAGCAGGGUCAACAGGGACCACUAGCGAAGGCUCAUACCGCUAUUGAUCGGCCCUCUAAUGCGAAGCUCUCAUCACAGGGUAAGACCAAAAAACUCGAUAUCAAACGCAAGAAAAAGAAAGACUGUGUUAUUCUUUAG